GAAACAAUCCAGUAACCCAUGAACGUGGGCGAAAAAGGCCUUCUGCAGAAACACUUGAGGAAGAUGUCGGGAAUGAAGUACAGAAGAUGCUGCAAGAACUAGAAGUUGACAUUAAACAGGCUCUUCUUGCAAAGAGAAAAAUGUUCGAAAUGAAUGCAAAAGCUUCUGUCAAAACCACUAACGAAAAAAUUGAGCAUGUUUGGAAGAUACAGCAAGAAGAAAGGCAGAAUCUUCAUCUCAAGUAUUCUCAGCAGUUUCUGACUUUGCUUUGGGAGUGGGAUACAGACAUGCGGAAAACCCAGGAACAAGAAGAAAAACUAGCUGGUAUGUUCCGAGAGCAACGAAAGAUUCUUCAACAAGCUAGAGUUGUUCAGAACCAGAGACUGCAAAAAAUUAAAAAUCUAUAUGAGCAAUUCUUAAAGAGUAUGCAGGACUUAGAGAAGGAGCAUGAACAUCUUCUUGCUGAUGAACAAAAUGAAGUUAGAGAAGAAAUGACCAAGUUGCAAAACAAAAUUAUGAUGGAAGCUCAACGGCAAGAGCUGGCAAUUGUUCAAAAGUCUCUUCAUUCCUUGUUGUUCUGA